CCAGGCGGACAGGUCACUGGAGUCCGGAACCCGGGAAUCUGAGCCCGGAGGGCGUGGGUAGGGGGCGUUGCGCCAGUGCCCGGCAGACAUGCCUUUGGGCGGGAUUUUGGCUAAAAGAUAGGAGGCAGGUGCGCAGGGGUGCGGAGAGCGGUCCCAGGGGGCGGGAGAUUGGGGAGCGGCGGGGAGGGGGGGAGGGUCUGGUCCAGGCAGGUAGAGGCAGCUUCUUAGGCAGCCAGCGAGUUGGCAGGUGGGUUGGGACUCGCUUGUCAACUCAUUAAUUUUAAGCAGUCAGGUUGGGGGCACUGCAGGAUAAUCAGGAGGGCAGUGGGGAGGCAAGAGGUGACCCGGGAUGCCGGUGGUGGGGAAGGAAAAGAGGAGCCUUGGAAAGCUUGGAGGCAAAAUUGCGCUUGGGUUCCGGGUCCUUGCAUUCCCCCUGCCUUGAGUGCAGGAGAACACUUUUUCAAGACUCACCUUGGAAGGAAAGCCUCCGUCUCAGGGGAGAAGGAGAGGCGUCUGCAGGGGGCAGAGACAGCAGCUACCUGCCGGGUGCGCCCCCCACCCCAGGAGCGCUCGCUUCGCCCCCUUUCCUCCCCCGCCCCCACCUCCUUAUUGGUGCUAGUUUGCAGCGCCCAGCUCCUGCGCCUUCGCUUCGCGUUUGAAUCUGGCUCGCCCCUUCGUAUUAUGUCUGCACUCCGAAGGAAAUUUGGGGACGAUUACCAGGUAGUGACCACAUCGUCCAGCGGCUCGGGCUUGCAGCCCCAGGGGCCAGGCCAGGACCCGCAGCAGCAGCUUGUGCCCAAGAAGAAGCGGCAGCGGUUCGUGGACAAGAACGGCCGGUGCAAUGUACAGCACGGCAACCUGGGGAGCGAGACGAGCCGCUACCUCUCGGACCUCUUCACCACGCUGGUGGACCUCAAGUGGCGCUGGAACCUCUUCAUCUUCAUUCUCACCUACACCGUGGCCUGGCUCUUCAUGGCGUCCAUGUGGUGGGUGAUCGCCUACACUCGGGGCGACCUGAACAAAGCCCAUGUCGGUAACUACACGCCUUGCGUGGCCAAUGUCUAUAACUUCCCUUCUGCCUUCCUCUUCUUCAUCGAGACCGAGGCCACCAUCGGCUAUGGCUACCGAUACAUCACCGACAAGUGCCCCGAGGGCAUCAUCCUCUUCCUCUUCCAGUCCAUCCUGGGCUCCAUCGUGGACGCCUUCCUCAUCGGCUGCAUGUUCAUCAAGAUGUCCCAGCCCAAGAAGCGCGCCGAGACCCUCAUGUUCAGCGAGCACGCGGUGAUCUCCAUGAGGGACGGAAAACUCACGCUUAUGUUCCGGGUGGGCAACCUGCGCAACAGCCACAUGGUCUCCGCGCAGAUCCGCUGCAAGCUGCUCAAAUCUCGGCAGACACCUGAGGGUGAGUUCCUUCCCCUUGACCAACUUGAACUGGAUGUAGGUUUUAGUACAGGGGCAGAUCAACUUUUUCUUGUGUCCCCACUCACAAUUUGCCACGUGAUCGAUGCCAAAAGCCCCUUUUAUGACCUAUCCCAGCGAAGCAUGCAAACUGAACAGUUCGAGAUUGUCGUCAUCCUAGAAGGCAUUGUGGAAACAACUGAUGGAGUUUUGCUCUUGUUGCCCAAGCUGGAGUGCAAUGAUGUGGUCUUGGCUCACUGCAACCUCUACCUCCCAGGGAUGACUUGUCAAGCUCGAACAUCAUAUACUGAAGAUGAAGUUCUUUGGGGUCAUCGUUUUUUUCCUGUAAUUUCCUUAGAAGAGGGAUUCUUUAAAGUUGAUUACUCUCAGUUCCAUGCAACAUUUGAAGUCCCCACCCCACCUUACAGUGUGAAAGAGCAGGAGGAAAUGCUUCUCAUGUCGUCCCCUUUAAUAGCACCAGCCAUAACUAAUAGCAAAGAAAGACAUAAUUCUGUGGAAUGCUUAGAUGGACUAGAUGACAUUACUACAAAACUACCAUCUAAGCUGCAGAAAAUUACUGGAAGAGAAGACUUUCCCAAAAAACUCUUGAGGAUGAGUUCUACAACUUCAGAAAAAGCCUACAGCUUGGGAGACUUGCCCAUGAAACUUCAACGAAUAAGUUCAGUUCCAGGCAACUCAGAAGAAAAACUGGUAUCUAAAACCACCAAGAUGUUAUCAGAUCCCAUGAGCCAGUCUGUGGCUGAUUUGCCACCAAAGCUUCAAAAGAUGGCUGGAGGAGCAGCUAGGAUGGAAGGGAAUCUUCCAGCCAAAUUAAGAAAAAUGAACUCUGAUCGCUUCACAUAACAAAGCACUCCCUUAGGAAUUAUUUAAUGUUUGAUUUAGUAAUAAUCCAAUAUUUGGCAAUGAGGUAAUUCUCCCUAAGGAAUCUGAAAGUAUAUUUUCCUCCCAGUUCUACAAGCAUAUUUGAGAACCCUUCCUUUCACAAGUACUGCUAAUGUGCAGAAAGCCACAGUUACGAAGGGAGGACAUAAUAAGGAAGUUAUUUAUGGGCAUGUAUUAUCACAUCAAGCAUGCAAUAAUGUGCAAAUUUUGCAUUUAGUUUUAUGGCAUGAUUUAUAUAUGGCAUAUUUAUAUUGUAUAUUCUGAAAAAAAUAUAUAUAUAUAUUUAAAGGGGAGAUACUCUCCCCAACAUUUCUAACAUAUGUAUUAAGCCAAACAUGAGUGAAUAGCUUUCAGGGCGAUAAAACUAAAUAUAUGUCUGUGUGUGUGUGUAUGUAUACACACAUAUACAUAUAAUAUAUAUAUAUAUAUAUACAUACACAUACAUACAUACAUAUAUAUCUGAUAAAAUUGUGAUGUUUUGUUCAAAGUUGUAGUUCUUGUGCAUGUUUACUUUAUUAGAGUAGGAAGGCUACUGGCAUUAAUUAUUAAUACCAAAUAUUUUAGCCUUAAAUUUUUGUCAUUUUAAAAUCUGAUUUAAUGUUUUCUGCUGUUUAAGGUCCUGGGAGGCUUUCAAUUGUAUUUUAUAUGAGAGAAUCACACAAGUUUGUGCUAUUUAUGGCCCUGCAAAAAUAUUAUCAUUACAUGUUUAAAUUGUAAAUUUUAGAGCAUACCAGUACUAGUAUAGCAUUGAACAUUUCUUAUGAUUUUUAAAAGUUGCUAGUACUGGGGAGAAAUAAUUGUUGAUUAAUUUGAGAAUUAUUCCUUUCCUAGACUAAUUAAAAUCUGGAAAUCUGUUUUGUAUAAGAUCUAAUACAAAGAUGAGCUCUGAACAAAUGCUGAAUCAUUGUGAAUAGACAGUAGCCAAGUUAUAUUGAGUAUAUCAGAAUCUGUGUGAAGUUACACAAUUAAUGGUCCCUGUUUCAAACUAAGUCAAUUGGAAAUAUUUUCAUUCUUUUUUCUGGAAAUUACCUUCAUUUAAAAAAACAAUUAUUUUAAGAAGACAUGACAAUGCAAUGAAACAGAUGAUAAAUAUUUAUGCUUAAAAUAUGUAUGUCUAAUUGAGUCUCCUUUUUAUUCUGUUUUCUUGUUUAUGACAUUUGUUGUAACAGGAUAGACUUUUUCCUCACCUAGGGAACCUAUCCCAUGCCUGUCACUUAUCAUUCUGGAGGGAGUUUAUGCAUGGACCUGAAAGAAAUUAAAAUUAGAUAAAUUGAAGAUAUCUUAGACACAGUUUUUUGGUGAACACACUGAUUUUAUUGGUGUCUUGGAUCCCUGGUCUACCCAAAUAAUUUUAACAGUACCGUUUGUCUAAUCCCAAAGUCUGAUAUUUAUGACUCAUUAGCAGGAAUCAAAACUAGUGAUCAGUAGAACACUUUCAAAAUAAAAAUUUGGAAUGCAGAGACUUUUAUGAAAAUUUUAAAGUGCUCCUUAACAGAAUAUCAUGGGUUUUCCUAUGAAACUUCUUUAAGUAUUGUAAUUUAAGUCUGCCCCAAAUUAAAAAAAAAUCUCAUUAAUAUGUAAGUCAUUAAUUGCUAGUUUGGGCUCUUAUUAUUUCCUAUUUUUUAACAAUCUUGUGAUAAUUUUAUUAUUGGCAAAUUAAUUCAUCAACACUUCACUGACUAUAAUAACACCUUCUGGCUACCUCUGUAUCAACCAAAUUCUGUAGGUGCAAAUAUAUACCAGGGAAUUGUUACUGGCAAAAUGAUCAGUCUUGGGUGUGCAUCCACUGCGAAUGGAGCAAACUGCCCUAUGACAAUUGAUAACCAAGCUUUCUGAUUUGGUGGAUGUAGGAAACAAAAUAGUGAGAUAAUGAAAGGGGUCCACAGGGCACGGUGUAUUUAUCAGCAGUGGGAAAAAGUGCACGGAUCAUUUAGUCCAAGGACUUAAAACUAAAUAGAGCCAUAAUUUACUUCGGAGAGUCAUUUUAAUUUGUCUUUGGUCCCAAGGAGAAGAUGGAACCAAAAACAAACUCUCCAAGUAUAUUCACACAUUCAAAAAAUUUUUUGUAUGCCUUCUGUAUUGUAGGCAUUUUUAGUUCCUGGGGAUUUGGACAUAAGUCAGAGGAGGUCAUUGCUCACCAUGAACACUGUAUACCAAAGGAGAGUGAGGAGGAGACAAAAACAAGACCACUUCAGACAGUCAAAAUAUCAGUUAAGAGAAGGAAAACAGGCCCGGCCUUGUGGCUCAUGCUUGUAAUCCCAGUACUCUGGGAGACUGAGGUGGGUGGAUCCCUGAGGUCAAGAAUUUGGGACCAGCCUGAACAACAUGGUGAAUCCUUGUUUUUACUACAAAUACAAAAAUCGCUGGGUUUGAUAGCAGGUGCUUAGAACCCCAGCUAUUGGAGAAGCUGAGGCAGGAGAAUCUCUUGAACCUGGGAAGCGGAGGUGGCAGUGAGCUGAGAUUGCACCACUGCACUCAGCCUGGGUGAUAGAGCGAGACUCCAUCACAAUAUCUAAAAAAAGAAUGAAAACAGGGUAACGUAAUGCAAAGUGACUGUGUGGAGUAAGAACUGAUUAAUUUAGAAAAUGUGACUGGCUCAGGAUGGGGAUAAUAUGUGAACAGAACUCUAUCUGAUCGGUGAGAAAGAACUACUGUUGUUGAAAUUACCUUAUUUGAGUGAAUGCUAUUCUUUUAUCUUUUCCACACGUGUGUGGGAAAGGUAUAAUUUCUGCAUGUAAUUGCAGUUUAACUUUUAUUUCUAGGUUGAUGAUAGGUCCCAGUUUACCCAGGAAAAUUUCAGUUUAUACCUGUUGUACCUGUGUAAUUAUUUGUAGCACUCCCUUUCACUCUUAUAAUAAUGUCUUGGUUUGGAUGAUACAUGGUGAAGUUUUUGUUGAAACUAAAUUAUGAAGUCUGAUAUAUUUGGAUAAAAAUAAAGAAUUGCUUUUCUUCUCAUUUUGGUGACUUUUUGACACAUCAUUCUAAGCAAAAUCAUCUUAGCUUCCUAUAUUUCAGCCUGAAGUACUUCUUACCAAAGUUAUUUCAUGUAACAUUUGUUCAAUAUGUUCGUGAUAUGUCUUUCAGCAAUGAAAAGUUAUGCAUUUUACUGAAUGAAUAAAAACUUAGCCUCUGUUAUUUCCAUUUCUGAAAGUUGUAAGAGCUCACAUCAAAGAAAGUAAAAGUCAAUUUAAGCCUAGAUAAUUUUCAACUCACCAAUGUUAUGGCUAUUAGAAAGGAAAACCUAAUAUGCUCAUUGAACUGAAUAAUUCUACCUGUAAACAGGUGGAAACUAGACUUUAUUUAAUAGCAUUUUCAUGGUAUAGGUCCUGUUAUAUUAAGAUAUUUCAUUCUAUUUAUCAAAAUGGUGUAAAUAAAAGAAAUACAAUUAUUUUGAUAAUGCUUAUCUUCAACUUAAAUAUUUAUUCUUUUCAGAAAUAUGUGAAUACACUUGUAAAUAUAUACAAAGUGAAAAAUAAGGAUAUUUUAUCAUUAAUUAUUUCUGAAAGAUUCUUCUUAUGCUGUUUUAAAUUUAUCGAUAUAUUGCUUAAAGUAUUAUGAAAAGAGGCUUUUUGUCUGGACAAAAUGGGCUCAUAAUACAGUAUUUCUAUUGGAGGAAGACUGGGGUCAUGGGAAAACUGGCUUACAUUCUAUUAGUUCUUACAUUCUUCAGAAUUUAUGUUUGAAUUACAUUGUACAUAAAGUCAGCAUCAACCUAAUUGCAAUUUCUGGCAUGCAAUUUAUAAUUAUUUAAGUGUACAAGGUCAUUUAGGUUCAAAGAUACAAACUCAUGUAUUCAAUACUGCAAGUUCAAUUUUAUAAAAAAUGAUAUUAAACUUUUGAAACAUGAUUGGCUUUAAUUUUUA